UCCGGCAGUCUGGCUAAAAGGUCGGAUUCCUUCAAUGUAUAUAAUUUAUUUUAUUUAUUUUAAUUUUGUUGUGCUUUUAGUAGUAGUGGCUCCAUACCACAGGCUGAAGAUGUACAGUUUCAUGGGCGGGGGUUUGUUCUGCGCCAUCGUGGGCAACAUCCUACUGGUGGUCUCCACCGCCACAGACUACUGGAUGCAGUACCGAGUGUCGGGCAACUACGCUCACCAAGGCCUGUGGCGUUACUGUCUGUCCAACAAAUGCCACUUACAGACGGAAAGCAUAGCCUAUUGGACGGCCACUAAGGCCUUCAUGAUCCUGUCCGGCGCGGCUUGCUUGGCGGGGGUGGUCGCCGGCACGGCGUCCUUUGCGCGCUUCUCCUCCUUCGGAAGAUUGAAUCGCUCCUUUGCUGCUGGAAUUCUCUUCUUUGUUUCAACUUUGUUCGCACUGCUGGCGAUGGGCGUGUACACGGCGGCUACGCUCAACUUCUUGGGCCGGCGCUUUGGCGACUGGCGCUUUUCGUGGUCUUACAUCCUGGGCUGGGUGGCAACCCUCAUGACCUUCUUUGCAGGUGUUUUCUACAUCUGCGCCUACAGGAUGUGCGAGUGCAGGAGAGUGAACACGCCGCAAUAGACCACUACACAUAAGCUAUUGUAUAUGAAAUUUGUUGCACUGAGAAAAUACAACAAAUAAAAUAAAGUGAAAUAAAAUACAGCGAUGCCUCGCUACUCCGCACUUCAAACUUUGCGCCCCCAGUCUAUUGCGGACCCCCCAAUAAAAUAAAUAAAUAUAGAUGUGAUGUCCCGAUCCC